AGGUAUAUAUUACACUCCUCUUCCCCGUUCUCACCAUCCAAACCCACAAACACACUCAGACCCUUCAAACCUCUCACACCCAACACAGAGAGCAUAAAUGGGUUCCGAAUCAUUGGUCCAUGUUUUCUUGGUUUCCUUCAUCGGCCAAGGCCAUGUGAACCCACUCCUCCGCCUGGGGAAGCGCCUCGCUUCCAAGGGCCUCCUCGUCACCUUCUGCACCGCCGAAUGCGUCGGCAAGGAAAUGCGCAAGUCCAACGGCAUCACCGACGAGCCAAAACCAGUCGGAGAUGGAUUCAUCCGCUUCGAAUUCUUCGAAGACAGAUGGGCCGAGGACGAGCCCAUGCGUCAGGACUUGGACUUGUAUCUCCCGCAGCUCGAGCUGGUCGGGAAGGAAGUCAUUCCUGAAAUGAUCAAGAAAAACGCGGAGCAAGGUCGCCCUGUCUCGUGCCUCAUCAACAACCCCUUCAUCCCUUGGGUGUGUGACGUGGCUGAGAGUUUAGGGAUUCCUUCGGCUAUGCUUUGGGUCCAAUCCGCUGCUUGUCUCGCUGCCUACUAUCACUACUACCAUGGCUUGGUCCCCUUUCCUUCGGAAUCAGACAUGUUUUGCGAUGUUCAGAUUCCAUCUAUGCCUCUGUUGAAGUACGAUGAGGUGCCCAGCUUCUUGUACCCUACUACCCCCUACCCGUUUUUGAGGAGGGCAAUAUUGGGGCAGUACAGGAACUUGGACAAGCCCUUCUGCAUAUUGAUGGACACUUUCCAAGAGCUUGAGAGCGAGAUCAUCGAGUACAUGUCUCGUUUGUGCCCGAUCAAGGCAGUCGGUCCUCUAUUCAAGAACCCAAAAGCCCAAAACGCCGUCCGCGGUGACUUCAUGAAGGCCGAUGACUCUAUCAUCGGCUGGCUCGACACCAAGCCUAAAUCAUCUGUCGUGUACAUCUCGUUCGGUAGUGUGGUUUACUUGAAGCAGGAGCAAGUGGAUGAGAUUGCUCACGGCUUGUUGAGCUCCGGAGUUUCCUUCAUUUGGGUGAUGAAGCCCCCACACCCUGAUUCCGGCUUUGAACUUCUGGUUCUGCCGGAAGGGUUUUUGGAAAAGGCAGGAGACAGAGGCAAAGUUGUCCAAUGGAGCCCACAAGAGAAGAUUUUGGAGCACCCUUCGACAGCUUGCUUUGUGACUCAUUGCGGGUGGAACUCAACUAUGGAGGCACUCACCUCGGGAAUGCCCGUGGUUGCAUUCCCACAAUGGGGUGACCAAGUGACCGACGCCAAGUACCUGGUGGAUGAAUUUAAGGUGGGUGUGAGAAUGUGCCUUGGAGAGGCUGAAGACAGAGUAAUCCCUAGGGAAGAGGUAGAGAAGUGCUUGCUCGAGGCAACCUCCGGGCCCAAGGCGGUGGAGAUAAAGCAAAACGCCUUGAAGUGGAAGGCCGCGGCUGAGGCGGCCUGCUCCGAGGGAGGAUCAUCGGACAGGAACCUCCAGGCCUUUGUCGACGAGGUUAGGAGAAUCAGCGCUUCCCUUAACAGUAAGUCAACAACUGUGGAUUAUGUCAAGUCAAAGAUCAAUGGGGUUGCGGAGUAUGUUGAGUCAAAGCUGAAUGGAAAGGCUGCACCAGUUGAGGCAAAGGCUAAUGGAAUCGCCGAAGUCGACGAGUCGAAGCCCAUCAAUGGGAAGGUUGAAAUCGCCGAGUCGAAGCUCAUCAAUGGAAAGGUUGAAAUCGCCGAGUCGAAGCCCAUCAAUGGAAAGGUUGAACUGGUUGAGGCGUAAGGCUAAGGGGGUGGUUCUGGCUAAUAUAUUCUACAGAAUUAGUAUGGAAUAACUGAAAUACCAUCAGAUGUGGUAUGCGUUAUUUACAUUUUUUUUUUCUCUCUCUUUUUGAUCUUUUUUAUGUUAUUUUAUUUUUAUUGUGGUCUAUAAUAGGCGUCUAGGGAUCAGGUACUGUGGAUGCCUCUUCUUUGUAAUUUAAUUUUGUAUCUCGGAAUGUAACUCAUUUAUUCUAAUUACUCUUCUUCUCUAGC